CUCCUUAAGGCCAAUGAGCCUAUAGGAUCUCUGCUUGCGGCGGCGGGAGGACGACGUGGACGGGCGGGCUGCGAGUGCACAGACAGCGGGGUCGCUGGCGGGAGCGGCGGAGAGGCCUAAAAGAUGAUUUCCUACUUUAAAUCGCUCCCUACUCACAUGGACUAUAAGGGACAACAGUUAGCAGAACAAACAUUUCAACGAGUAAUUAUCGCAUCUGCUAUUAUUGGCUUCAUUUAUGGUUACAUAAUUGAGCAGUUUGGAUGGACUGUUUACAUAGUUCUGGCUGGUUUUGCCAUUUCAUGCUUGCUAACUCUCCCUCCGUGGCCUAUGUAUCGUAGUCAUCCAUUGAAUUGGCAGCCAGCAAUAGAGCCAGAGGAGAAAAAGCAAACUGAGUGUGCCAAGAAACCUAAAAAGCAUAAAUAAUAUCUUUAUUCUGAGCACAUCGUUGUUUUUACUUUAUGGCUUAAUAAAGUUUGCUGAAUUGGAAUGUAC